UCUAUUUAUGUUCCUCUUUUUAAUUAUUCAUUUCUUCUUUCUUUCUUUUUCCCAUUUUUGUAGGUUUUUUAUGGGUUAUUUAAAGGUUCCUUUUUUCAUGCCAUAAAUCAAGGAAUUUCCAUUAAUUUCUUUUGGUUUUCGAAACAGGAAAUAUUAGCGCGGGAGAUUGGAAAAACUAAGAAUUAAAUUACACAAUGUUGGGUGAUUUCCUUACCAGAUUACUUGUGUUGAUUCUUGGAUAUGCAUAUCCGGCGUUUGAAUGCUUUAAAACUGUGGAGAAGAACAAAGUUGGGAUCGAAGAACUCAGAUUUUGGUGUCAAUAUUGGAUCCUCAUGGCUUUUCUGAUAGUUUUCGAACGAGUAGGGGAAGUAUUCAUUUCAUGGUUACCAAUGUAUGGUGAGAUGAAGAUUGCACUUUUAGUUUACCUAUGGUAUCCUAAAACUAAGGGAACUGGAUAUGUAUAUGAUACCUUGUUUCGACCAUUCAUGGCGAGACAUGAAACAGAAGUGGAUAGAAAGAUACAAGAGGUAAAAGCUAGGAUUUGGGAUUUUAUUUCCAAGUACUGUCAAAAUUUUGCAGAAAUGGGACAGGGAAAAUUCUUUGAAAUGCUUCAAUAUAUCGCAAAUCAAUCUAACAAGUUUAAACAACAAGCACAGAGACCUGAUAAUCCAGUUCCGGCGGCGGCAAACGGUCACCGUAGUCAAUCUGGGGGAAGUGAGACUCGAACUUCAACAACGAUCAAUCGUUCCGCUCUGGAUUCACCUCGUUUAAGACCUCGUCCGGUCCAAACUUGAGGGCUGAUUUGAAAACGAUUAAUCGUUCCAAUCCGGAGUCGUUGCCUUAAGCUCCGCCGCCGUAUGGAACCACACAGAUUAACAAUUUCUAAUAAACAAAAAAUUGUACAAAAAAAUCUAGAAAGAAAAAAAGAAACCCAGAAUAAACAAAAAAAUUGUACAAAAAAAUCUAGAAAGAAAAAAAGAAACCCAGAAUUGUUCGUUGAAUACCAAGGCUGAAAUUCAAUUCAUUGAUUUUUUUUUUUUUGUAAUAUAAAUUAUGUUUAUAUAUAUUUGAUUCCGUACAGUACAAGAGUUGUUAUUGGAUAUUCUAUCCCUUGUUUCCUGCGUGUGAAGACGCAACCUUUUUUUUUUAUCUGUUAUCUGGUGAAGAUGAUUCGAAUGGAUCGGAUGAUCCGAUCAAAAAGUCGGGUCAGACGGGGGAGGAGUUUGAGGUGAAUGAAGCGGAGGCAAGAAGAGAAAGGGUUUUGAGAAGAUAACCGGAGCCAAAACCGACGGAAGAAAUGAGUACCGGAAGAGUCAGGGGAGGCUGACAUGGGCUGAAGGUAAGCCCAAGCCGCUUGUUUUACCAACCGGUUACGUAUGGAGAUUUCGUACCCGGAAUUGGUAGCGGAUCCCGCGGCGGUCGGAGAGUUGACGGCGACAGCGGGGGAAGGGAGGAUGUCUUUGAGUGAAGUGUAGGAAGCGAAGGAAGCUUUGAGAGAGAUAAGCUCGAGGUCAAGAGGCAAAGGGGCGGUGGCGCUGCCGCUUGAGAGGCUGGUGGCGGUUUGGAGCGGCUUUGGUGUGAGUAGAGUUAGCUUUGUAGGGAUUUGUACUGGGGUUGUGAUGGAGUUGCGGCGGCGGAUGGUUGAUGUCGGCGAUUGCCCCAAACCGUCUUCCAUAGUCGGAAGAAAACCAGGGAGGAAUAUUUUGGAAGUGGGAAUAUGAAGGGCGGAGAGGCUGUGUGUGUCUUUUGAGUAAAGACUUGAGCGGCGGCUGACCAAUUGGUGACGAAAAUGGAGUGGAGUGCAAUUAUUAAGAAAAAUAUAAACUCUGUCUUCAUUUUUUGGCCCAAAAAUAAUCUUUUUCUUUUUUUCUUUUUUUAAAUCUCAUCACUUAUGUGGUGUAUUCUUCAUGUGCCUAUUUCUAUUGUUUUUGUUUUUACCCUUGAGUUGUACUCUAUAUAUCAUAUUCAAGCUGAUCUAAUAGUUGGCGUUGGAGAUUAGAGAAAAA